GUGUACUUAAAUAAAUCCUGUUAAAAGUAUAUCGAACUGAUAACUCAUAUUACAGAUAUUGUUUUUUUUUUUUUUAUAAGUAAUAAGUUAAUUUAAUAAUUUUUUAUUUUUUUGUUUUUUUUUUUAAAUCUCAACUGGACAAUCAGGAUAAAAAAGUAAACGUUUUUUUAAACAAUCAUGGAGGAUAUAUAUAGGCGAAUUAGUAAUGAAGACGAUUUUGGUGAAGAUGAUACCGAAAUAAGCGAAAUACAACAAUUUUUUAAGGGACAAACAAUACUCUUAACUGGGUGCACUGGUUUUUUGGGAAAAUGUUUUGUUGAAAAAAUUUUAAGAGGCUGCCCGGAGAUAAAAAAAUUAAUAUUAAUAGUGCGGUCACAAAAAUUAUCGGCCAAAGAACGUAUGAAGAAAUAUUUUCAAAAUGAGUUAUUUGAUAGAUUGCGUAGAUACCGCCCGAAUUUCGAGUCUAGAGUUUUAGUAGUUGAGGGAAACUUGGAGGAAGAAAACUUGGCAAUUUCUGAGGAAGACAAAAAAAUAAUAACAGAUAAUGUGACAAUGAUGUAUCACAAUGCAUCAAAUGUUAAAUUUGUGACACAAGUAUCAGAAAGUCUGAAGUGUAACGUAUUAGGAACAAAGUACAUGAUUGACUUGGCGAAAGAGUGCAAAAAAUUGAGGUGUUUCUGCUACAUAUCAACGGCGUACUCACACUCUUACAAAAAAAAAAUUGAGGAAGUAUGUUACCCAUCACCUGUGAAUAUCAAGAUGGUCCAGGACUUGAUUUACGCUGAUGAAAUCGCUAAACAUGGCAUCCCACAAGCGACUGUCGACGAAGCAAUAAAACCAUGGGUCAAUAUUUACACCUUUGGUAAAUCCAUCGCCGAAUCUCUCGUUGAAAAUUACGCCAAAGAAAUUUCUUUUCCUUGUAUUAUUUACAGGCCAAGUCAAAUAAUCUCGACUUAUAUGGAACCGUUCCCUGGAUGGUGUGGUAAUUGGAAUGGACCAGCAUUGCCCUUUCUUGGCUACGGAUUAGGAAUAGUUCACUUAAAUAACACUAAUAGAGCGGUCCAAGAUCAUGUUCCAGCAGAUAUGUGCGCAAAUUCAAUACUUGCUAUUACUUGGGACACUGUAGCGAAUAGAAAAGAAAUUGGAAAAGUUCACGUCUUCAAUUACGCAUCUUCAACGAUAAAACCUGUAACGUUAAGAGAGUUUGAACUGCACGCAGUACCACGAGGCAGAGAAGGUCCAUCCUUGAAAACCCUAGCUCCCAAUUUCAUGAUUGAAGUUCCAUGUCAAUUUGUGUUUUGGGUACUUCACUUCUUCGUACAUUUCAUACCAGCAUUAAUUGCCGAUAUUGCGUUACUGGCAAUGUUACAAAAACCUCAAGCUCUUGCAGUAUUUUAUAAAAUAACAAUAAACAUGCCGACAAUACGGUACUGGAGUUCAUCAGACUGGCGAAUUACUGUUAAGGAAACAGAGAAAGUGUGGGACAGAAUGAACCGUCGAGACAAAAUAUUAUUUUAUAAUGACAUACGGACCAUUGAUUGGUGGAUAAGUGGAUAUUCGUACUGGUUCGGAUUGAAGAAAUUUAUACUGAAAGAGUCGAUGGACCACGCGCGUGGCAGAUUUAGAUAUAACUUGAUGAAAGCAAUUUGGAUUGUUGGUAUAGGUCUAAUUGUUUCAUACUUUGCAUACCAGUUGUUUGUUUAUUGGUUGACCCUUAUUUCACCACUUACCCAAUUUAUAAAAAAUGAAUAUAUAUGUCGAAUGUAAUUAAAAUAAAAUUAGCAUAAAAAAUAGGGAGUUAGGUAUUAAAAACCAUUAAUCAUUAUUAUAUAUAUAGAAUAAUACUCUUUAUUGUUUUUUCAUUUGUUGUUGUCGUUAUCUUUAAUAUUGUGUUGCUUUAUCCAAUUAAUUAUAAUUUUCUGUUUUUUGCUGCCGAUAUUUUGGUAAAACAGUAUGUAUGUGUGAUACAACUUUAUUAUACUAAAACAACGUCCGGACCACUCGUAUUUGCAUAUCGUUACUUUAAACCGCUUACGACUAGAUUUAUUUAUAUUUUUUUAUUAUUUUUUAUUUUAUUAAUUUUGUACGACUGAUUUAAUUAAUUUAUAUUAGAAUUAGAAUUUCAAUUUUUUUCUCAAUUAUUUAUAUAAUUUUAUUUAUUUUUUUUUUUUUUUGUAAAUUUAGAGACCAAUGUCUGUAAUUUUGAUAAUUUAUAUUUGUUGGUUUAUUUUCGACGCAGUUGUAAAGAACGAUGAAAGAUCGAGUGAUCAGUACGCCCUUUAGAGGUAUAGCGUGCAUCAUAUAUUUUUUAUUUUCAUUUGUUUUCUAAUUUUCUAUUAAAAAGAUUACGCCAAAACUCGAAGCUUUUUUUGGGACAAUCACAUGACGGUUAUUUUUAAAAAAUUUAAUUUUUAUUUUUUUUUUGAGACAGCAUUAAAUUCUAUUGAAAAAUCUUAUCUUUCUGUAAUAAAUAAAAGCGAUAAAAAAAUUAUUACUGUCGACUCAAUUCAAGCAUUUGAAAGAAAUAAAUAAAAUUUUUCUAUAAAAUUACAAAAGUAAUGAAAGUAAUAAUAAUAAUUAUUAUUAUUAAAAAAAAAAAAAAAAAAAAAAAACAAUAAUAUAUAUCCAUCCUUCUUCCGCGUCCCUCGGCUUCGAGUGUAAUGGCGUAAAUUUUCGAUGCAACUUUAACUCUCUGUCUUUCUGAAAACCUUCAUAUCUUUUCUGCACUACUAUUUACAAUGUACACAUGUUGUCUUUCCUGCCCUAAGUUUCCCGAGGCGUUGCUCAGACUUGCUUUAUUUACAAAUUUUAUAUUUUUUAAAUUUAAUCAAACAAUAUUUAACAAUUUCUGUAAGCUAAAAUUAAAAAAAAAUAUUCAAUUGCAAUUAUGGAGAAAAAUAAUAAUAUAAUUCUCAAUAAUAAAUAAAUAAUUUUGAAUUCUUUUGAAUAUUAAUCGUGUAACUAAAAUUUUAUCAAAAACUACUCGCGCUAAAUAUUCACGGCCAGCGCGAAAUUUGCGCAUUUUUAAAAUAUAAAAUUAAAAAGCGAAAAUAAAAAU